AUGCAGCGACAUUUUUUCUCUGCUCUUUCUCGCUACCGUAGAGCUCCUCGAUUCUUUUCCGUUCGUACUGCCAGUACAGGACCAAGAUAUGAAGGCUCCGUCUUACUUCCUGGAUACAGUCAUCGAACCGUACGCGUCGGCAAUCUUCCCCAGGAGUACGAUCUGGACAGUGUUCUCAAUGCGAUCCAAGCCAAUCCAGUGGAAAGAAUAUUGACCAGGCACGAUCAUGUUUUAGUCCAGUUCUUCAGUGAAGAAAUGGCUCAGCGCUGUGUCCGCAACUACGAAGGUCUUUUGUCGUUGGCAAUACACCCACACCCGUCGCCUCCGUUGUCCUGCUUUACCGUUGCCGCUAUCGGAUAUUUUUCAUUGUCGCGAGCCCUAGAAAUAUCUAAUCUAUCGCCUGACAUAUCCGAAGAUAUCCUCAAGGACCAAGUCAAAUGUUCCUCUGCCCGCGUUGAGAGGUCAGAGUCAGAAGCCCGAGCUCGACUCGAGUUUAUGGAUGUACAUGACGCCGUCAAAGCGAAGACGACUCUUAUGCGCCUCAAAUCAUUCAAAGACGCGAAACUCGCCUACGCAAGGCACUCAGGGAGCUACAUGUAUCCCUCUUGGUUCACACCGUCAGUGGAUGACGCGCCAGGUGCUAAACGAAAAGUCGUUAUUGAAAAUAUACCCGACGGUGCGGCCGUGGUGGAAUGUCGGAGAUGGACAAAUGCCUUUGAUUCGAUUAUGCCAACGGUGCUGUCGUCUGCCCGUUUUACCAAACUCCAAACAUUCGUGAUCAGUUUCGGAACUACUGAAUCUGCCCAAAAUUUCUUCGAGACAUACGGGCCACGAGCUAAAAUUCGAGGCAUGAAAAUGUCGUUGGCACAAGAUAAGUCUCAGUACAUCGACUGCAGUAUUCUCACGGCAAGAGGUUUGGGUGGCAACCGGAAAAUUCACAUCCAUAUUGGUCGCGAAAAUAGAAGAAGCGACGAAGAUUACGUCCAGAUGUUCAGUCGUUAUGGGGGCAUAACAUCUAUUGCGGAUAGAUUCCAAGACGGUGCUUCAAAAGGGACUCUUUGGGUCGAGUUUCAAAGUAUACAGGGUGCGAUGCGUGCAGUCAUAGCUCUUUGCCAUGGUGCUCCCUCGAUAACGGCCUUACAAGGCGCUGACUUCGGGUUCUAUAACACCCAGCAUUUGAAGCGCAUGGAAGUUAACACCAAGAAAAAGGAAACUAUGGAUGGCGAUGAGACAAACUUUCUAGAGGCUAUUCACUUGGUCGUUCACGAAGGCCGAUUACCCCAGAUUACCCCCAAUUUCUGGACCUGA